AUGACGUUGUUCAUCUUCCUACUUCCGUGGAUCUUCGUGUUAUCAUCGGUUCAAAGCAGAAAUUAUUCAACAUGGAUGGCAGAUAACGCGCUACUACUUUCAUCUAAAACAUUGGGAAGUAUAUGCUUAGCUGCAACACAUAACUCAGCAGCCUAUAACCUAUCGAAUAAAGUAAUCAAUACGGAGGCGCAUGAGUCGUCUUUUGCGACAUUUUAUAGUAACCUUAACAAUAUUGUCAAUGCGACUGGUCGAUCAUCUGAUCAGCUCGUUAGACUGUUUACAGAUGGUAUUCGAGCUGGAAGUGAAUGUAUCACGAAAAGUAUCUAUUCUCAGUUGACGGAUGGCAAUCGUGCAUUGGAUCUUCGUUUGAGCGUAUUUGAGAACGACAUUUACACCGCACACGUACUACAGGGACCUUCUUUGUCUGAUGUGCUUGCACAAGUUUGGAAGUUUUUAUAUGCAACAAACGGUGAAAUUGUGUUCAUGACUUUGGGACAUCCCUACGGAUUUAAUCGAACGUAUAUCGAUCGACUUGCUUUGCUCCUUGAUCUAUUUGUCACUAGCGGAUUAGCCAUCACGCCAGCUGCCUAUCCGAAUGAUCUAUUGAGUUACACUUAUGAGCAAUUGGUUAGCAAAGGCCGUUCACGUGUUAUCAUUGUCAUUGAUGAUACUAUCAAUCCUGAUUUUAAAUCUUUCUUCUCUACUUCCCUUUAUUCACCACCUGAUGGAGGCAGUCACAAAUUGUAUGGAUCAUACACCAAUACUAAUAAUAUCAAUACAGUUAUAGAUCAUCAAACUGCUAAUUACGCUCAUGCUCGAAAGAUUUCCGCACCAGCAGCGAUGUACAUGACUUUGACACCGACAUAUAAUGAUAUGAUCAGUAUUAUUGUUUCUACCGUCGUAGCAGACUUUCAUCCACUGAUGAGACCACUCGUACUUGCUGGCCUUCGAGCUAUUUUAGCAUCUGAGAAUAUGAGUGAUAUUGACCUUACCUGUACGUCACUGUCUGAUAUCUAUCUUCGACAAAAUAUGAUUUCAAGACGUACUAGUAUCCUCACAACUAUUCAGUCAACAUCGCUCUCCUUGACUAAGAAUAGUAUUUUUCUUAUUUACACCGAUUUCUAUGAGAACAACAGAGACAUUAUCGACCUAGCUAUUUCGUACUCACUCAUCUGA